UGUGAUGCUGCUUUGCACCCCAACCAUAAUGUCCAAGUCCUAGAUCACUUUCCCAUUUGCAAACUUAAAAUCACCAGUUCAAACAAGAAGAGCAAUGGAUGUUUGAGGAAGAAAUGUAAAAGAAAGUUCUCUCAAGUGAUGAUUUUUUUGUACUUCUUUUAGAAGCCUGGGAAGUUUAUAAACAGAUAAGGACACAACAUGAAAGACUUGUGGCUUUAAAUCUCAUCUUUCUCUGUGAAAAUACUUUUCUCUGAGGAAAAGUUCAGAAAACCUAGGAGACAGGAAACAGUAUUUCUUCUGAACAUAGUCAUUGAUUCUUCAAGACUUCAAUUCUCUGUAGGGAACUCAAUUUAAAAGAGUUUGCAAUGUAAUUUAUACAUAUGCAUAAUUUAUUAAAUAUGAGAAAAGCUGUGUAAGAACCAUUAAGAAUAUAAAGAGUAUGCUGUUUUUCAUCUGUUUUUGUAAUCAUCUCAUCUCAGGGUAAUCCAUGUGAGACGUCUUCUAUUAUAAACUUAACUUCUUUAGAUACCUGACAAUUAAUAUUGAAAAGCAACAAUAUUAAUUUAGUGGAUAUGGAAAAGCUUUUGUCCUUAUUACAUCUCAAUAGAUACUAGGGAAAUCUCAUAGGAGAAAAUCUGUGUGCAUGAUAGGAAUGUUGGAAAGCUUUCAGCAUGAAUCAGACCUCCUUCAGCACGAUCAGAUUCAUACUGGAGAGAAACCUAAUGAAUGUAGAAAAAUCUUUAGCCUGAAACAAAACUUCACAGAGUAUAAGAAAAUGCACACUAGAGAGAAAUCACAUGAAUGUACUGAAUGUGGUAAGGUCUUUGCUCGAGUCUCAUCCCUUACUCUCCAUUUACAAAGUCACACAGGGAAGAAGUCAUACACAUGUAAUCAAAAAUAUGGAAAAGCCUUUAGCCAGGAGGGAAACUUCCUUCCUCAUCAGAAACAUCAUACUGGAGAGAAAGCCUAUGAACGUGGGAAAGCUUCUAUUCAGAUGCCAACCCUCAUUACACACCAGAAUAAUCAUACAGGAAACAAACCCUAUGCGUGUAAGGAAUGUGGGAAAGCCUUUAAUGGCAAAUCAUAUCUCACUGAGCAUGAGAAAAUUCAUACUGGAGAGAAACCAUAUGAAUGUAAUCAAUGUGGAAGAGCCUUCAGCCAGAAGCAAUACCUUGUUAAACAUCAGAACAUCCAUAGUGGAAAGAAACCUUUCAAAUGUAAUGAAUGUGGAAAAGCCUUUAGCCAGAAGGAAAACCUCAUUAUCCAUCAAAGAAUCCAUACUGGAGAGAAACCUUAUGAAUGUAAAGGAUGUGGGAAAGCUUUUAUUCAGAAGUCAAGCCUCAUUAGACACCAGAGAAGUCACACUGGAGAGAAACCCUACACAUGUAAGGAAUGUGGGAAAGCCUUCAGUGGCAAAUCAAAUCUCACUGAGCAUGAGAAAAUUCAUAUUGGAGAGAAACCCUAUAAAUGUAAUGAAUGUGGAACAAUCUUCAGGCAGAAGCAAUACCUCAUUAAACAUCACAACAUUCACACAGGAGAGAAACCGUAUGAAUGUAAUAAAUGUGGGAAAGCCUUCUCUCGGAUCACAUCACUUAUUGUACAUGUGAGAAUUCAUACAGGUGAUAAGCCUUAUGAAUGUAAGGUGUGUGGGAAAGCCUUCUGUCAAAGCUCAUCUCUUACUGUGCAUAUGAGAAGCCAUACAGGUGAGAAACCCUAUGGUUGUAAUGAAUGUGGGAAAGCCUUUUCUCAGUUCUCAACUCUUGCUCUACAUAUGAGAAUCCAUACUGGUGAAAAACCUUAUCAGUGUAGUGAAUGUGGGAAAGCUUUCAGCCAAAAGUCACAUCACAUUAGACACCAGAGAAUUCAUACUCAUUAAAGCUCUAUGAAUGCCUUGGAUUAGGAAACCCUUUAACAUAAUUUACACUUAAUAAUAUUUCAGAAAAUUCAUUUUACGUUAAGUGACAUCAAUGUAGGAGAUCUCUUAGCAGUGAUUCAAAAUUUAAAACACUGCAUUUAAUAAGAAUCAUAGUAUAGUUAAAUCCUGUCAACUCCAUAAAACUCCCACCUCAAACAUUAUUAAU